AUGUCGUCAAAGGAAAGGAACUUGAGGGAUAGUCCAGUGAGGACUACUUUCAACUACAUCUGCAGCAAGUUGCGAUCUCAACUAGUCAAGAAGCAUGUAGUGAGAAAACCAGUAUCUGUAGAAAGAAGAGUGGCAAUAGCUCUUUCGAAGUUAGUUUCCUGUGGAGAGUUAAGAACCAUUUCAAAUUUAUUUGGAGUGGCUCGCUCUACUGCUUGCACGAUUGUUGCUGAAGUCUGCAGUGCACUGAGCAAAGAAUUCAAAAUUACUUUCCCACAAAAUGAUGACCUACAAAUGACAGCCCAGGGAUUUUAUGAUAAUGGUGGAUUACCUGGUUGCUGUGGUGCUGUAGAUGGAUCUUACAUCCCGAUUAAAGCUCCAAACAAGUGUGGGAAAGAUUAUUUUUGCCGAAAGCAGUUCUUCAGCAUAAUUGUGCAAGCAGUUGUCGAUGAUAGACAGCGUUUUAUAAAUUUGAAUGUUGGAUGGCCUAGUUCGGUACAUGAUGCUCGAGUAUUGAGAAAUUCCAAUUUGUUUAGAGUAGGUCAAAGCAAUAAACUCUUUUCACCUACAAAUAUAAGGCUAAGAAACCAUAAUGGCAAUGUAAAGCCAUUUCUUGUGGGUGAUCAGGCAUACUCAUUACUUAAUUGGCUUAUAAAGCCUCAUGGAGGUCAUUUAAAUGCCAAAAGAGCUCUUUUUAAUAAGAAACUGAGUACUUCUCGCAUUAAUGUAGAACAUGCUUUCGGUCAGCUAAAGGGAAGAUGGAAAUGCCUUCUGAAAGAAAAUGACAGUAAUGUUGAAAAUGUCAAAUCACAAGUGUUGGCAUGCUGUCUUCUGCAUAACAUAUGUAUUACACUACAUGAUGAAUUCCUCGACGACUGGCUGAUACUGGAUGACGAAAAUUCACAUGUAUCUUUAGAAGAAGAUAAUCUGUCGAUUUCUGGAGAAAACCUCACUGGAAAUCUAGACAGUUUUGUAUCUGGAGCAGAUGUUAGAGAUUUCCUAAUGCAGAAUUUGUGA